GGUUCGCUGGAUCGUAUAGUCGCCAGUGGUGGUGAGCAUAUUAAUUCCCAGGGAAAAGUGAAAGCGAUGGCUUUUAUUGACAACGGAUUAGAUACCCCGUUGAUCACCAAACGCUUCGACGUAAACUACAACGUCACAACCCUACCAUCUUCCCUGGCGAUCAGCACGGUGAACGGCAUCAAGGCGAUUUCUGCCGAUCAAGGAAACGUGACGUUGGUUUUGCUAGAUAAUGGUGAACGAGUAGAGGUGACGGAAGCUUCCACCAUUGCCGACUUGCCGGUGCGAGCAGUGGAAUCGAUCAAGGAAUUAGCAACGCGCUGGCCACAUCUGUGA